AUCCUCUCCUCAGGAGACUUUUCCUUUUGCUGUUGCUUUUUUAAAAAACUUAAGAGACCCAGCUACAUAAAUUACUGUUUCUUUAGAAUGAGAAUUUGUUGGAUAAUGGCUCCUUCCCUCACAUUCCUGCUCCUCUUCAUACUUUUGCUGAAUGGCACUUCGUCCAUUCCAAAUGGUAAACGUAAACUGCCACAUAGUGAGAAACACCAAGGAGUCGCCUGUUUGGGAUGUGUUUUUAUGGUGUCCAUAGUAGAACAGCUUUCUCAAGUCCACAACUCUACAACAGAAAAAGCCAUGGAGAGGUUCUGUAACUACUUACCUGAACUUUCCCAGUUGCGAGGCAUUUGUGUUCUGGUUGCUAAACUAUUUGGACCACGUAUAAUUAAACUGAUAGAGAAUCACAUGAAUGCUGAUAUGGUGUGCCAUUCCAUUCACCUAUGUAAACAGAGUGCAGGUCAACCAUACUGUCAUCUAUACCCUCUUCCUAAGGUGGGGUUAAAUGUGGCUAUAAAGAAAUCAAAAAGACUGGCUGGAACUAAGGUCCUGAACAACAUUCAAGGGUUAUCAGGCUUAUGUUCACUUCCUUUUCUGAAGAACCUGUGUAAGAAAAUUGAAGUUUUUACUAAGAAGCACUUACCUUAUGAAGACACGGAUGGAGAUAAAUUUAGCCUUUUCCCAACCUUGAGAGGGUAUCACUGGAGAGGCAGAGACUGUAAUGACAGAGAGUCCUCCGUGUAUCCGGGUCGACGCCCUGACAACUGGGAUACAGGGAAGGAUUCCAAUUGUAAUGGCAUAUGGGGUGUUGAUCCAAAAGACGGCAUCCCCUAUGAGCAGAAAUUCUGUAACGGCACAGAGUCCAAAGGAAUUAUUCUCCUAGGUGAUUCAGCUGGGGCUCACUUUCACAUCCCUCCUGAGUGGGUGACAGCAUCACAAAUGUCAGAGGAAGGUUUUUCCAAUCUUCUGGAGGCAAUAAGCAAUGAACUCGACUGGCCACAGUUUUCAGGAAUCACUGGAUUCCUCAACUCUACAAUUGGAGGAUGGACAGACUCGAUCUACCUUAAUUUACUCAGAAGAAACCGCUGCAACCACAGAGAUUACCAGAACCUUUCUAAAAAUGGUGCCUCUUCAGGAAACAUCCGAGAUCUUCUAGAAAGCUUGGCAAGGAAUCAACAGUUUGAUAAGCCUGCAAUAGUUAUCUUUGCAAUGGUUGGGAAUGAUGUCUGCAAUGGGCAACGUGACACAGUGAAAGCGAUGACACGGCCUGCAGAGAUGCGCUCCAAUGUUAAUCAGACCCUGAAUUAUCUAGACAAUCACCUUCCAAAAGGGAGCCAUGUGAUUUUAGUCGGCUUGGCAGAUGGCCGCUUCCUAUGGGAAAACUUGCACAACAGAUAUUUCCCUCUUGGCCAGUUAAACAAAGAUGUCACAUACGAACAAUAUUAUUCGUUUCUGAGCUGUCUUCAGGUCAAUUCAUGCAAUGGUUGGAUGUCUUCAAAUGGCACACUUAGGGACCUGACCACAGAGAGGGCCUCAGAGCUUUCCAAUGUCCUGAAAGAAAUAGCAAAAUCUGAGAAAUAUGCCAAUUUUGAUGUUUUAUACCUGGAUUUCCCACUUAAACAACUUGUUGAGUUAUGGCAGAAAUCCGGAGGAGAGGCCUGGCAGCUAAUAGAACCUGUUGAUGGAUUUCACCCUAGUCAGAUUGCCCAAGCACUUGUAGCAAGCAUCAUCUGGAAGCAGAUACUCCGUGACUGGCCUCAUGUUCUUGGAAAAGAAAAUCCAUUCAACAGUGAGAUUGAAGCAGUCUUCAACUCUCAAGGAGGGCACUGAUACAACCAUCAAGGAUCACAUUUCCUCAGAAGUAAUCUGUAGAGACCAUAGACCAGUAGUGGCACUGUUUUUCAUUUGAGUGUUUCCACAUCAGUUUGCAAGUUUCCUUUCUAUAACGUGCUUCGAUAUCCAGUCUGAUUAAAUGAACAGGUUGCUAAGUUUGCAGAUUUGUCAAUAUAGUACAUAACUGUUUAUGCAGAAUAUUAAGGCUGUCAAUGUUUACCAAAUAAACUAAAAUUGCAGAGGGGUAUUUUGAGCAGUGAAGACAAAUGCAUGGGUGGGGCAGAGAACUGGACACAAACUAAUCAAAGAUAAACACCUUCUUGUUCUACUGACAUCAGUGGGAGUUAAAUGACUGCUUAAUUCUAUGCCAAUUAAAUCAGUGAGAAUUGGAUAUGCAAUUUCUUUUUUUAAGACUAUUGGACAUUUUGUUAUGUUAUUGUAAUUUAAAAUGUUCUCUAUUGUGUGAUAGUUUUUAUUACGUUACUAA